AUGAAAGUGUUGAAAAUCGGUCAAUACCAGUGUUGAUGAAGCAUAGUAGGAGAUAAAGGCUUGGCAAUGUACAUGGUGUUUGUUUAGGCCUAGUUCUUGUUUUCCAUCUACACCGCACAUAUUUUAGCCCACACAUGACCUGCAACUGAUAUUAGCCCCGCUGAUAAUGUUUCACUGAGUUUUUUGUGGUCUCAACACCGUCUUGCAUCAAUUUUCUUUUGUUUCGGUCUAGACCAGUCGACUAUCUUGUUGUGUUCAGUGAUCAACAACCUGAUGUUGGCCGACUACCAUUUUCUAACUCUUUAUUCUCACUUGUUUCACUCAGGCUUCCGUGAAUUUCAGUAAUCAGUGAUGUGUUAUCAACUUCAGUUUCAAGAUUGAGAUCUAGAUCAACGUAUUGGCGCGAUUUCUGUCGCAUGCCCGCUUGACUUACUUACUAGGCCUAACUUACUGAAUUUAUAGAAUAGUUUAUCAAUAUGAGUCUCAACAAAUUUUUAAGAACUAGGACCCUUUCGGUAGACACCAGUGGUGAUGAAAGGGAGCCUUUGUUAUCUACUAGUCGACGCAGGAGUCCUAGUUUGGGACCUGCUGGAUUUAUGUUCUAUGACUCAGACAUAAAUAGUGACAUUGAGAGUGCGCAACCGAGACAAACAAAAAACAAGAAACAACUAAGUUUCCUUUAUUCUUCUUUGAGUCCUAACGGAAUCGACCACGAGCAAGUUUAUAAGAAGUUGGACUUCCAGUUGUAUGAUAAAUCAGAUUUCAUUAUAAAGGAAGCUCAGCCUCGACGUGCGACAAACAGCAGCUUAGUAACAAUAUUCACAGUAUGGAAUACAAUGGUGGGGACAUCACUGUUGGCUAUGCCUUGGGGAAUGUGGGAGUCAGGUCCACUCCUCGGUACUCUGCUCUGCCUAGUAAUGGCCUCAGUUUGUCUCUACACUGCCUACCUCAAUGUAUCUAUCUAUAGCAAAAAUGGAAAACCUGGAGAGGGAGCUGAACUAUUUGUACUGAUCAAGGAUCUCAUCGGUCCAUGGGCUGAAAUUAUUGCAAAACUAUUCUCUGUUCUGGUUCUAGCAGGAGCAGCUAUUAUUUACUGGAUUCUGCUGUCGAAUUUCUUCUAUCACAACGUCUAUUUCAUCUUCUAUUAUCUAAGAAACGACUCAAACAUGCAACCAACAUGGUCGACCACCGUAUUAUGCCCCAAUCAUGAAAACUUCACAAGCGCGGAAAGCAGAGCAGAAGAGGCUCAUGAUACAUUCAACUCUAUUUGGAAUCUUCACAGAACAGUCCCUCUCUAUUUGAUCCUAAUCUUAUUUCCAGUACUGAAUUUCAAAUCUCCAACAUUCUUCACGAAGUUCACUUCGCUAGGAACAAUGGCUGUCAUGUAUAUAAUGUUUUUCGCUUUAGUGAAGUUUUUUGUGUUUGGAGUGAACGUGUCUCAUGAUCCUGAAAGUGAAUAUUACACAAGUUUCGCACACUGGACGACGUUUCCAAAAAUGUCUGGAAUGCUCACGUUAUCUCUAUUCAUACACAAUAUUAUAAUAAACCUGAUGAAAUGCAAUGAAAAGCAAGAAAACAAUAAAAGGGACCUAUCAAUAGCUUAUAUUCUUGUGUGUACAACCUAUGCCUUCGUUGGAUUGGUCAUAUAUGUAUCGUUUCCUGCAGCCAAAUCAUGUAUCCAAGACAACAUACUGAACAACUUUUUGACAGGCGACUUUAUGACUUUGUUUGCGAGGUUCUUCCUGUUCUUCCAACUAAUCACAGUUUACCCUCUUAUUCUCUUCAUGCUUCGGAAUCAAGUGCUGACAAUGAUAUUCCAAUCAAACUAUCCAAGCGUUUCAUCAGUGGUUGGCUUCAAUGCUGUAAUUGUCUCGCUAUGUGUCUUCUUUGCAAUCGUUUUUCCACAAAUUGGUCACAUUAUUAGAUUCACAGGAGCGAUAGCUGGAUUCAUCCAUGUUUAUUCAAUGCCAUGCUUGUUGAAAAUAAUGUCUGAGAAAGCUGAUGGCUCGUUAACAACAACUUCAAUGAUAAUUCAUGUUGCAAUUCCAAUUUUAGGAUUUAUAAAUAUCAUAGCACAAUUUAUUGUGUGAUUAAAAUACUGCUUGAAAUCAUAUGAAACCAAAAGAUUAGUUCAUUACUGUGGAACUUUAUCAAGUUGGAAAUUUUCCAGUGAAUCGAUUUCAAGCCAGACGAGGAAACAAUCGUUCAGAUUGUAAUUAUGUGAUGUCUUGUACAUACUUUGUAAAUAAUUUAUUAAGUUUCAAUUUGUAGGAGAUAAUAAACAGAUUUGAAAUGCAAAAAAUAUUACUGUUUACAAGGAUAUGAAGGAAAUUCUUAAUUUUCAUCAACUGAUUUUCUCAUCUCAAUGUUUAUCAAUCACUUGAAAAUCAUCAUACUUCUUGAUUGAAAGCUGAUGGAAGAUUGUCAUUAGGGAACACAAAUGUCCGUUUUCAAAAACAACCUAUAAGCCUAUGCGCAGAUGAAAUGUCGUCUGAUUGUCGGACAAUAUCAUUGAAGCCUUUCAUACUUAUCGCCACCGACAUGACAUCUGUAAAUUUAACACACGGCUUUGACUAUUUUAAUAAUUAUACAUUAUAAAUUAUAUUUUGACUAUUAUAAGUUAUUCAUA